AUGGGAUUUGGGGCAUUUUAUGAAACUGCCUCUAAUUGGACACAGUGCGAGCGCAAGAAGAAGCUCAGGCGCACCGCGGCAUCCGGCGAGUUCGUCUGCAAGACGUGCAGCCGCUCCUUCCCGACGUUCCAGGCGCUCAGCGGGCACCGGACCAGCCACCUCCGCGGCCGCCACGGGCUCGCGCUAGCCCUCGCCGGAGACUGCUACUUCCUCAAGUCCAAGAAGACCACUUCCUCGGACGACCAGGAGAAACCGGCGGCACUACACCAGUGCCACGUCUGCGGCCUCACAUUCGAGAUGGGGCAGGAGCUCGGGGGACACAUGCGCAGGCACCGCGAGGAGACCGUCGCCGUUGCGCAGGCGCCGCUCGUUCUGCUCCAGCUCUUCGUCUAGCUAGCUAGCUCCAUUGAUUAAUUGGUAGUCUCUAGCUCCAUUUAGUUCAGAGUUCCUGCAGGUUAACCCAUGUGCGCGAUUCGACUGUACGUUUGCUGCACACCCGUAU